UUUUGGCCCAACGUAGUUUCUCGUUCAAUUUUGGUGAGCCCACAACACAUCUGGGCCAACGCGGCGGCGACGGCGCGUGACAAAACAACACCACACUAACCGUAGAAGAAGAAACCCUCUCUCUAAGCGUUCUUCAUUCCAUUGCACUCACAGCGUUCGUGUUAGAAGAUACUAUUAAGUAUUAACUAACAAGUAACAACAGUCAAGCGCUUCUCUUUUAAGUAUCGGAGGAGUACACGUAUCCGUAUCCGUAUCCGUAUUCCAUUUCCACGUCGUUGACCAGUACCGCGCAGUAGCUGCAACUGUAUUUAGGUGAAGAUGAAGUCGUAUAGGUUGUCGGAGCUGAGUGAUUCUGAGCUUCAAGGUCUCAAAGCUCGCCCUCGUAUCGAUUUCUCUUCUGUUUUCUCUGUGGUAAACCCCAUUGUUGAUGACGUUCGCACAAGAGGCGAUGCUGCUGUUAAAGAGUAUACUUUGAAAUUUGAGAAGGCUAAAUUGGAUAAGGUAGUUGAAAUUGUGUCGGAGCUGCCUGAUCCAGUGCUUGAUGGAGCUGUUAAGGAAGCUUUUGAUGUGGCCUACAACAAUAUAUAUGCAUUCCAUGCUGCUCAGAAGACACCUGAGAGAAUUGUUGAGAACAUGAAAGGAGUUCAAUGCAAGCGAGUUGCAAGAAGUAUUAAUUCUGUGGGUCUUUAUGUUCCAGGAGGAACUGCUGUAUUACCAUCAACAGCUUUGAUGCUUUCUGUUCCUGCACAUAUUGCUGGAUGUAAAACUAUUGUUCUUGCAACUCCUCCAUCUCAGGAUGGCACUAUAUGCAAGGAGGUACUGUAUUGCGCCAAGAAAGCUGGGGUAACUCAUAUCCUCAAAGCUGGAGGAGCUCAGGCUAUAGCUGCCAUGGCUUGGGGAACUGAAACUUGUCCCAAGGUUGAGAAAAUUUUUGGCCCUGGAAAUCAAUACGUCACAGCUGCAAAAAUGAUACUUCAAAACAGUGAAGCCAUGGUUGCAAUUGACAUGCCAGCUGGUCCAUCAGAAGUUUUGGUCAUUGCGGAUAAGCAUGCGAUUCCUCGUCAUGUUGCUGCUGAUCUACUUUCCCAGGCUGAACAUGGCCCUGAUAGUCAAGUAGUUCUUGUGAUUGCUGGUGAAGGUGUGAAUGUGAAUGGCGUAGAGGAAGAACUCAACAAGCAGUGCCGGAGUCUUCCAAGAGGAGAGUUUGCUGCUAAAGCCCUCACCCACAGUUUUAUAGUUUAUGCACGUGAUGUGCUCGAGUCAAUAAAUUUCUCAAACCUAUAUGCACCAGAACAUCUAAUUGUCAAUGUGGAGGAUGCAGAGAAGUGGGAGGGUUUUAUUGAGAAUGCAGGUUCUGUCUUCUUAGGGCCGUGGUCACCAGAGAGUGUUGGUGACUAUGCAAGCGGGACAAACCAUGUGCUUCCUACUUAUGGAUAUGCAAGGAUGUACGGUGGUGUUUCAUUGGAUUCUUUCCUCAAGUACAUUACAGUGCAAUCUCUAACAGAGGAAGGCUUGAGAAAACUUGGGCCUUAUGUGGCAACCAUGGCUGAAGUUGAAGGUCUGGAUGCUCACAAGCGAGCAGUUACCCUAAGGCUUGAAGACAUAGAAGCAAGGUUUCAAGUUUCAACUUGAGGUGAUACCUCAAUUUGUUACACACGAUAUAUGUUAUGUAAGUCUACACCUAACUUUUUGAUCACUCAUGGCUAAGUAGUUGCCAUUUUGAUGUAGUAAUUUGAAUUGUUUUCAUCAACAUUUGUUUUCUUGUUUAAGUCCAAUGUAACAAUAUAAUUGUUUUUCAUGAA